GCGGGCCGGGCCGGGGAGCGGCGGGGCCAUGCCGGUGAUGAAGGGGUUGCUGGCCCCGCAGAACACCUUCCUGGACACCAUCGCCACGCGCUUCGAUGGCACCCACAGCAACUUCAUUCUGGCCAACGCUCAGGUUCACCGCGGCUUCCCCAUCGUCUACUGCUCCGACGGCUUCUGCGACCUCACCGGCUUCACCCGCACCGAGGUCAUGCAGAAGAACUGCAGCUGUCGCUUCCUGUAUGGGGCCGAGACCAGCGAGUCCGUCCUGCAGUGCGUCGAGAAGGUGCUGGAUGGGAGGCAGGAGUACCAGACUGAGGUCUGCUUCUACAAGAAGGGCGGAGUCGCCUUCUGGUGCCUGCUGGACAUCGUGCCCAUCAAGAAUGAGAAGGGGGAGGUGGUUCUCUUCCUCGUCUCCUUCAAGGACAUCACCGAGAACCGGGGCAAGAGCCACCCGGGCGACAGGAGAGAUGAGAAGCACCGGAGCAAGAAGGGGGGGAGCUCCCACCUGCGGGCGGCGCGCAGGCAGGGCCGCACGGUGCUGCACCAGCUCACCCACCAGUUCACCGGCAAGGAGCGGGGCGAGAUGAAGAUCAACAGCAGCGUCUUUGGGAGCAAGCCGUCCGUUCCCGAGUACAAAGUGGCCUCGGUGCAGAAAUCCCGCUUCAUCUUGCUGCACUACAGCGUCUUCAAGGCCCUGUGGGACUGGCUCAUCCUGCUGGCCACCUUCUACGUGGCCGUCACCGUCCCCUACAACGUCUGCUUCACCGCCACCGAGGACAGCCUGGCCGCCGCCCGCAGCACCAUCGUCAGCGACAUCGCCGUGGAGAUGCUCUUCAUCCUGGACAUCGUCCUGAACUUCCGCACCACCUACGUCAGCCAGUCGGGGCAGGUGGUCUACGACACCCGCUCCAUCUGCAUCCACUACGUGGCCACCUGGUUCUUUGUGGACCUGAUCGCGGCCUUGCCCUUCGACCUCCUGUACGCAUUCAAUGUGACCGUGACCUCGCUGGUGCACCUGCUGAAGACCGUGCGUCUCCUAAGGCUUCUGCGCCUGCUGCAGAAGUUGGACCGCUACUCCCAGCACAGCGCCGUGGUGCUCGCCCUGCUCACGUCCGUGUUCGCCCUGCUCGCCCACUGGCUGGCCUGCAUCUGGUACGUCAUCGGCCGGAAGGAGAUGGAAAGUAACGACCCUCUGACCUGGGGCAUUGGCUGGCUCCACGAGCUGGGCAGGAGGCUGGAGGCGCCCUACGUCAACAGCUCCGUGGGGGGCCCGUCCGUCCGCAGCACCUACAUUGCCUCCCUCUACUUCACCCUCAGCAGCCUCACCAGCGUGGGCUUCGGCAACGUCUGCGCCAACACCGAUGCGGAGAAGAUCUUUUCCAUCUGCACCAUGCUGAUCGGGGCCCUGAUGCACGCCGUGGUGUUCGGGAACGUCACGGCCAUCAUCCAGCGCAUGUACUCCCGCCGCUCCCUCUACCACACCCGCAUGAAGGACCUCAAGGACUUCAUCCGCGUGCACCGCCUCCCGCAGCCGCUCAAGCAGAGGAUGCUGGAGUACUUCCAGACCACCUGGUCGGUGAACAACGGCAUCGACGCCAACGAGCUGCUGCGCGACUUCCCCGACGAGCUGCGGGCCGACAUCGCCAUGCACCUCAACAAAGGCAUCCUGCAGCUGCCGCUCUUCAAGGCGGCCAGCCGGGGCUGCCUGCGCGCCCUCUCCCUGCACAUCAAGACCUCCUUCUGCGCCCCCGGCGAGUACCUGCUGCGCCAGGGCGACGCCCUGCAGGCCAACUACUUCGUCUGCUCCGGCUCCCUCGAGGUCCUGAAGGACAACAUGGUGCUGGCCAUCCUGGGCAAAGGGGACCUGAUCGGGGCCGACCUGCCCGGCAAGGACCAGGUGAUCAAAACCAACGCGGACGUCAAGGCGCUGACCUACUGCGACCUGCAGUAUAUCACCCUGCACGGCCUGGUGGAGGUGCUGGAGCUCUACCCCGAGUACUCCAGCAAGUUCAUGGCCGACAUCCACCAGGACCUCACCUUCAACCUGCGGGAGGGCAGCGAGAUCGAGGGGCUCCUACGAUUUCCCAGAUCCCCUCUGUUAUCCCAGCCUCACCCGGAGAGCGGCACCAGCCCCGAGAAGUCCCUACACUCCAUCCUGGAGGACGAGGAGGAGCUCCACCCUUCGCCCACCAGCCGGACCCACCGCAAGCUGCUGCUGCCCACCCUGCAGAGCCCCGUGCGGUGUGGCUCCCUCAGCAGCCUGCUGGGCGACGAGCUGCGCCAGUUCUCGGCUCUGCGCCGCACCUGCCGCUCCCCCGCCCGCUGCAGCCAGGGCAGGAGCCCCUCGCCACGGUGUCUGAGAGACGGCGAGAGCAGCAAUGGCCGCAAGCCAGCCAAGCUCCUCAUCCCCUCCCUGCACACCGCCGGCCCCCCGGACCUGAGCCCCAGGGUCGUUGACGGGAUCGAGGAUGAUGGCAGGACGUCGGAGAGGCAAACCUUCCAUUUCAACGUGGAGCCGCCUCUGCAGAGCUCGGUCGCAGACUCGCUGACUUCCGGGACGGAUGAGGCCAGCCCAGCCUCAGGCGCAGAAGAGGAGGAGAUCAAGCAGAACGUCUGCAGACUGAACCAAGAGAUCAACAACCUCAACCAGGAAGUUUCCCACCUCAGCCGGGAGCUGCAGCGCACGAUGUACCUGCUCCAGAGCCCGCUGCCGUGCGCCCCAGCCUUGGCCUGCCCCUACGGCCUCCCCGUGCUCUCCUCCCAGCCCCCGAAACCCAGCAGCGGGAGGGAGCCGCCACCCAGACUGCCCCCGGGGGCGGUGCCACCCCUUCUGCCCUCGGCUCACGCCUCCGCCUCAGGGCUGCCGUCACCAUCGCCGGGGGACGCUGGAGUUUCUCCCGGCACCACCUCUGCCAAGGCCCCUGGCUCCCGGAGCGCGCCCCCAGCCAGCCCGCGGGAGCCGGAGGGGCUCCACGCUCCCAGAGACUCAUCCCACGCGCCUUCCAGCCGUUACCGCCUGCCCCGGGCGGACAUGGACGGGGCCCACCUCCCACCGACACAAGCUGCCCCGCUCAGCGGUCAGACUCCCAGUCUUCCCCACUCGCUCGCAGGCUCCCGGGUCCUGUGCCCUCUGCCCUCGCCCCCUGCCGGCCCCAGCCCGGCCUUCCCCAACUGCUCCGCUCAGAGCCACCCCCCGCCACCCCUCCGCUGCCGAUCAGACUUGGAAAACUUCCACUGACGCCCCCCCGCCGCCUGUCCCACGCGCCCUCCGUGCGUGGCUCAGCCCGGGAGCUGCACGAGCCGAGCGGAUGGAGCGCACUGGGGGGGCCUCGCCAGCGGUGUCCGGUGAUGUCGUUGGGAUGAUGGCCCCAUUUCUGCCAGCGUCAAUUUCCCUUCUGUCUGCAGGUGUAAUUGCAAGAGUUGGGGGCCGGGCGGGGGAUGGACGAGAGCCCCCCUCCCCCCGGCUCUUCCAGGGCACUUUCCGCUCCAGCUGUGACCCACCACCUGCUCACGGCACUGCGGAGCUGGCGCGUUUUCUACAAAAUGAUGGUUUUUGUUUGUGACGAGGAAUUUAUUCUGAGAGCCUUAGAACUCCUAGGAGGACCCUAAGCACAAGCCUGUCCUCGGCCCCCCGAACCAGCCCCACGGGCGCCCUGCAGGCCUGGGGUGCCCCACCGAGCCAGGUACCCCUCUGCUCCCCCUCUCUGCUUGAUACGCCACUCUCUCCGCAGCCUUCCGCUCCCAUCUUCAGUACGUAUUUGCCUGAAUUGAACAGGGUCAGGGUCCUGCUGAGGGGGUGGGGGCUGCGCUGGCGGCCCAGCGGGGUUGGGCUGCGACAGUUCGGGUGUAGUUUACAGAGGGAACAGCCUGCAUGAAACGCACAAUGCUGGAGAACAGCCGGGCUGCUUCCAGGGCCGCUUGGAAACCAGGCCUGGCAGGGCCGGACCAGCUCUUGCUGACCCCGCCGGGGCAGUAGUUUGCAGGACUGGACUGUGCAGCCCCGGGGCCAGUCCUGUCAUCUCUCCCCCACGGGCCGAUUCCGGGCCGCUUUGUGUUCCCGCGGCUCGGCUCAGUUUUGAGGCGUUGCAAGGUGGGGGUUCAGACUGUGUAUGGGACGCUGCUUACGGAUGUAGCUGGGGGACGGGCAGGUUCUGCCCGUUUGGGGAGUGUGUCAGCAACUCCCCUGGAGCUGGGGGUCACAUCCACCUGCUACGCAACCCUCUCCCUCCGCCCAGGCUGCGGCUCCCCACAACUGCAUGUCCCAGCAUGCAAGUGUAGCCCACUGCUCAGUGCGUUCUAGGUCCCCCCACCCGGUGUGCUAGGUCCGUGUCGCCCCGCUGCGUGAUCCAUCAGCGUCCUCUGAGUGACGUCUGUUCCGACACAGCCCUGCCCGGCCGCCCUGGCUCCUGCGUCUUCUCUGCGCUGGCCGAGGCCUCUCGUCCGGGCGGGCACGUGCAGCCAUCUCCGAACCAGCCUCCAGUCCCUUAGUGCUCAGGUUUAGGAGGGCAGGGGAAGCCCCUUUGACCAGGUGGGAAUUCCCCAUAAAGCCCCCGAGGGAGGCACCGACGUGGGGUUAAAAGUGCCUGGGCCCCUGGCAUGAACGGGAUAAACUCAGGCCAGGUUGGAGGUCAGUUUCUGCAUCGCUCCUGGGGGGCUCUGGCCAGGGAAAGGGAGCGAGGGGGGGUGGAAGGCAGCAGCACGGGAUAUGGGGGUGCAGCGAAAUGCCAGGUGGUGCCAAGCCAGCGUGGCGCUACCCCCAAAGCUGCCCCUCCCCACCAGGAAUCCCGGGGCAGGCAUGGCUGACCUGCCCGCAGGGCACACAGGGCUGGGUCUGGGAGCCCACGCAGCAUGGUCGGGGCUGAGCUGGGCACGAAGGGGGCCAUGGCCUGACAGGCGCUUUGCCAUUGCCCCGCUGGGAGCAUGAGGACCAGGCAGAUCAGACCCAGCCUGCGCAGCCCCCUGACCCUGGCCCCUUGCUGCCCAGACGUCAUUUGGCCACAUCUGUCUCCAGCUGCCUGUUCCCACUGCCCCGGGCGCAGGGCCUGGCGGGGUCACUGUGCAGCCUUUGUGGGUGGGGGAUUCCUCUGGGCCUGCAGCCCCAGCUCUGCAAACCAGGGGGGCGGGUUGAAGCCUUUUGAUACUUUUUUCCCCCCAAAGAUUUUUUUAACCUUUUUUAUUUCCUGGUGGGAUUUUUCUCCCCCACCUGGAUGACACGGACGGGCAGCUCUGGGCCAGCACCAGGGAAGCCGGCCCCAGCUCCGGGCAGGCAGGCAGGGCUGGCGCUGCUGGCUAUGUGGCUGGGGGCUGGCAGUGACUCAGCCCCAUGCGGUGAGUUGGGGGCGUCUCAGGCCCGUUCUCAGGGGGCCAAGGUGGUCACGCACUGAAGCACCAGCCCCCCCGCCCCAGGCUCCUCUCCCCCGUCCCGCUCCCCCAGGCUCCCCCCCGGCCCGGCUGCCACCAGCAUGCGCCCCCACUGCCCAGCCACCACCUCCAUGGUGCUGCGAAGACACACCCUGUAAUAA